GUCCAAAGUUCAAUGUCGACCGGCACCAAGAGACAGGGACACACUCAGACAGACUGAACCAGUGGAGAGAGAAGAGAGAGAGAGAAGUACAGAGGAAAAGAGAAACACAUGAAAUCCUCUGGAAGGAGGCAGGACUGAAGAAAAGAAACAGGUACAGCCCAGAUACAUACAGGCCUUGGUUCUGAGAGAGAUGGACAUCCUUGAAACAGCCGCCUAUGACCGAAGACAGCGAAGAAACACGUACUGUGUUCUGUUUCUCUUUCUCUCGCCGUUCUUCCUGGCCAUCGCUGUCUACUUCUAUCUGUGGAUCCCUGACUCCUCCCCCUCCGUCCUCGCUGCGGCUAUUAAGGCCGCCCCUGUCAUCUCAUUGGCUCUCCUGGUGCUGAGCUACAAAGGGGGGAGGAGUCUCCUCGGCGUGGCGGGGGGCCUGAUCUUCUCGGCAGGCGGAGACUGUUGCCUUAUAUGGCCCGAGCUGUUUCUCCAUGGAAUGGCCUACUUCGCCUUGGCCCACCUGCUCUACUCCCUCACCUUCCUCUCCACUCGUUACUCCUCCCUCAGCCCCUCCUCUUCCCUGUCCUACUUCUUCUGCCUGCUCCUGUGGCUGCUGGGGGGAGGCCUCUACGCCUACCUCUUCCCUUUCCUGCAGAAGACGCCGGACGCGGCCGCCCUGACUCCCGGCGUCGGGGUGUACGUGGCUCUGAUCGUUCUGAUGGCUACGCUGGCGGUUCGCACCCGCCGACCGCUGAUCAUGCUGGGCAGUUUGAUCUUCAUGACCUCUGACUUGACGCUGGCGCUGCAGACCUUCAAAGUGACGGAGCCCCUGGAGCACGGCAGGCACAUCGUCAUGACGACGUACUACCUGGCGCAGCUGCUGAUCGCCGUGGGCGACAUCAAGGCCGUGGAGGGCGGGGAUGAGUUUGCCAAAUGGAAGAAAUCUUAGUUAAGGGGUUAUGUCAGAUAUGGGCUAGGUCCCGAUUUUCCACCCUGCUCCCGAAGUGUGCAAAUAACUGCACACUUUCUUACAUGGAUUUAAAAAUGGUGGAAACUCCCUCCAGCCAAUGCUUACUUAUACUAAUCUCAUGCUUUUAAAUCAAUGACAGGGAGUGUUCAAGUGCACAAUUCUGGAAAAGGGUGGAGAAUCGGGACGUUGCCAUGGAAAGCAAACUUGGGACUACUGCUCUCUGACUAGUCGACAGCUAUAGGAACUUCAAGCUGUGUUGAGACUAGACUGAGAAUGUGUCAGGAAAAAGUUG